AUGGCUCCCUACCAGAAUAAUCAUGCCAUCGUGUUUGGGUGUUCUGGCAUCAACGGCUGGGCCCUGGUAAACCAAUUGCUAUCCGGAUACCCUGCCGCUAGGGCUUUUUCUAAGGUUACUGCCAUUUCAAACCGUACUUUCAAGCCCGAAUAUGCUGGGUGGCCCCGCGAUGUUGGUGAUCGGCUGCAGAUCGUCUCGGGGAUCGAUCUUUCGGCUGGAGAUGAUCUCUCUCUGAAAAAGAUCCUUGCGGAAAAGAUCUCAUCUGUGGAGACUGUUAGCCAUAUCUACUAUGCUGGUAAAGAUAUUCAUGCCCGCGAUGGCGCAGAGGAGUCUCGGUUGAACAAGGAGAUGCUACGGGCUGCGGUGCAGUCUAUCGAGGAUCUGUCUCCUGUGCUCAAAUUUGUCACGCUCGCAUAUGGAGUCAUGAUGUUUGAUAAAUUCCCUUUCCGAGGACAAACGCCCUUGAAGGAAAGCUAUCCACGUAUUCCCGAAGAGUAUGCCAAAAAUCUUUUCUACUAUCACCUGGUCGACCUACUUCAUGAAUUGUCUGCGAAUAAAUCCUGGUCGUGGUGCGAGGUUCGGCCGGAUAUCAUUAUUGGCGUUGCCCCAUUCGGAAAUGCUAACUGCAUCGCUCAAACCACCGGAAUUUUCCUGGGACUUUACCGAGCCCUCGAAGGACCCGGAGCUCGGGUCGCGUUCCCUGGCACCGAAGCUGGCUGGAAACUCUUGUCGACCGAUUCCAACCAGGAUAUCAUUGCACAGUUCUGUAUCCAUGCCUCUCUCCAGCCCCGAGAGAAGGUUCACGGUCAAGCUUUCAACAUCGGUGAUAAUGCAACGCCUUUGUCAUGGGAAAAGCGCUGGCCAAUCCUCGCCUCGUACUUUGGGCUGGAGGGCGUUGGGCCAAGCGAUGAUGCCGUGACCGGGCCCGAGUACGUUGAGCGCCACAAAGAGAAGUUCCAGGCCUUGUGCCAGGACCGUGGCCUCAAGGAAGACAUCAUGUACACCAGCAUUCGGAACACUGGCUCGAGAGGAAGUGUGAUGAAACUCAUGGACUUUGACCGCAAUUUGGAUUUGAGCAAGGCUAGGGCUCUGGGUUUCAACAGCGAAUUGAGUACCGAGAGCUCCUGGUAUACUGCUUUUGACCGUGUGCGUGAAGCCAAACUCAUGUUUUAG